GCAACUCAUCAUGCAAUUGAUACAUAUAUUCUGGCUGAACUUUUUGAGUACAAGUGCCGAAAUCUGAUCAAGCUCAUGCAGAAAACUUCCUUGAGUCGAGAGCAGAAUGUAGAAAUAGUCAAACAAAAGUUUCGCGAUAUUAUCGACUAUCAUCAGGAACUAAACUUAUGCUUUGUUUUGAUAAGGGAUAUAUUAGGUGGACUAUCAGCUCCAGGAAUUACAAUAUUCAUUCCAAUUACUGCAACUGUUACUGCUGCUUUCAUGUAUGGUGAAACCAUUCAAGAGGCGGCCUAUGACAUGAAUUGGUAUGAAAUGGAUCGAACAAUGCGUAAGGAAUACCUUAUAUUCCUCAUGAAUCUACAACGGCCGUUCGAGAUGCAGUCAAUGAUUUUUGUUUUGAAGAAGCCAAUGUUUCUUGCGAUGAUCCGUAGCAUUUAUUCAUGCGUCAUGCUGUUGCUUCAGAUGAACAAUGGUUAAUAUAUUGACCAUUGUGAGUUUUUGUACCAUGAAGACCAAUCUAAUCAAUGGUACGUUCUUGUCCAUGAUUCUGCUAUUGUGAGGAUUAUGAUUACAAUAUAUAUUUCUUCAG